AUGAAUUUACAGAAGUUUUCUAACGAUUUUCCUUCAUUGGUUUAUUUAGUUAGAAAUAAUUCGUAUCUAGUGCAUUCAGAUUUUACUACAUUUUUAUCGAGAUUAAAAACGUAUAAUUCAUUUGCACCUACUUUAUGUCAAAAUAAAUAUUCGUUAUCUGAGGCUGGAUUUAAGUAUUCAGGAACUGCUGACAUAGUCGAAUGUUUUUGUUGCGGACUGGUCUUACAAAAAUGGACUAAAGAUGACAUUCCGUUUGUUGAACACGCAAAAUGGAAUCCUAAUGUAUAUUUGUUUUACUUUGUAAGGUCUAAAUCAUAA